UUCACCGAUUUUUCUUUAUUUUUCUUUUGAGCUUUUUCUUUUCUUUACCUUCUCUUCUUGCUUGCUUACACACCAGUUUCUUCGAUUCGUUGAUCUAACUUUUGCUCUGUCGAUCUUUCCCUUCAAUGGCCGCUAAAGAUCCUAAGGAGAGACAAAGCAUAGGAAAAGAAACCAUAAGAACUGAAGCAAAGUGAGAGGCUUCAUGGUGAAUUGUAUCAGUUUUUGAAGAAUUAAUUGCAAAUUGGAAAAAAAAAAUUGUUUGGGUUGUUGUAUAUGGUCUAAGGUUGUGGUUCGGGUUUGAUUUGUUUGGAUUUGAUAUGGGUGGGUGUUUUCCUUGUUUUGGAUCAUCAAACAAGGAGGGUAGUGGUGGUGGUGCCGUCAAAGAAUUAGCCAAGAAGGAUUCCGUCAAGGAAGGCUCAGUUGCCCAGACUCACCAUGUUCGUAGAGUUAGCUCAGACAAAUCAAAAUCCCGAAAUGGUUCUGAUCCUAAGAAGGAGCCAACCAUUCCUAAAGAUGGACCAACCGCUAAUAUUGCAGCACAAACAUUUACAUUCAAAGAGCUUGCUGCUGCAACAAAGAACUUCAGACCAGAGUGUCUGUUAGGUGAAGGCGGCUUUGGACGUGUUUACAAAGGUCGUUUGGAGAGCACUGGACAGGUAGUUGCUGUAAAACAGCUCGAUCGGAAUGGCCUUCAGGGAAACAGGGAAUUUCUCGUGGAGGUUCUCAUGCUCAGCCUCUUGCACCAUCCCAAUCUUGUUAAUUUGAUUGGUUAUUGUGCUGAUGGGGAUCAACGCCUCCUUGUUUAUGAGUUUAUGCCACUGGGAUCGUUGGAGGAUCACUUGCAUGAUCUUCCACCGGACAAGGAGCCUCUGGACUGGAACACAAGGAUGAAGAUUGCAGCUGGUGCAGCUAAGGGGUUAGAGUACUUGCAUGACAAAGCAAACCCGCCUGUCAUUUACCGAGACUUAAAAUCAUCCAACAUCCUUCUUGAUGAGGGCUAUCACCCCAAGUUAUCAGAUUUUGGACUUGCAAAGUUGGGUCCUGUUGGUGAUAAAACCCAUGUCUCUACACGUGUGAUGGGAACAUAUGGCUAUUGUGCCCCUGAAUAUGCUAUGACUGGUCAACUUACUUUAAAAUCUGAUGUCUAUAGUUUUGGAGUUGUCUUUCUUGAACUCAUCACUGGGCGCAAGGCCAUCGAUAAUACCCGUGCUCCUGGAGAAAAUAAUCUUGUGGCAUGGGCGCGGCCACUUUUCAAGGAUCGUAGGAAGUUCCCCAAAAUGGCUGAUCCAUUGCUUCAAGGCCGUUAUCCAAUGCGAGGAUUAUAUCAAGCUCUUGCAGUUGCAGCCAUGUGCUUGCAAGAACAAGCAGCCACAAGGCCUCUAAUAGGCGAUGUUGUGACUGCACUCACUUACUUAGCUUCCCAAACACAUGACCCUAAUGCUGCCAAUCAAAGUAACAGAGUUGGGCCAUCUACUCCUAGGAACAGGGACGAUCCGAGGGGGAUGGCAGAUGGGGUGGAUAGCCCAGAUGAGCACGGACGUGGUGGGCGGCAUGGCUCUCCUUCUACUCAUAAAAAUUCACCUGAUUAUAGAAGGCGUGAUACUGUCAGGGAAUUAGGCACUGGCUCAGAGUUACGAAGGAGCGAUACCGGUGGUGGGUCUGGCCGAAAAUGGGGUUUGGAUGACUCUGAGAGACAGGAUUCUCAAAGAGAUAGUCCAGUAAAUGCCAGCAGAGCAAGGGAAACUCCCAGGAAUCGUGAUUUAGAUAGAGAGCGUGCAGUUGCAAUGGCAAAAGUUUGGGGUGAAAAUUGGAGAGAGAAAAGGCGAGCCAAUGCAAUGGGUAGCUUUGAUGGUACAAAUGAGUAAUGGUUGCAGUAGAAGGCCAAUUCAUGUUGCUUUGAUCUGGGCAAUAUAUGUUGUAUGCUUCCAGUGGACAUCAUGAAGAAAAAAAGAAGUUGCAGAUACAGCGUCCAUAACUGUCUUGGUUUCCAUUUCCACCCAGAAAAUAAGACUUGUUGUAUCCAACUUUGACUGCUGUUGUUUUGUCCUGUAUCAUUCUUGUAGUCGAGUAUGAAAUUGAAUGCUUCAAUUAUGUGGUUGAAGGAAGGAAACACAGAAUUAAAGCAAGGUUCACGGAAAGUGGGUAGCGUUUGGUUUCAGGCAUUUACAGGAAACCCCACUGCAGAAUUGAUGUAUGCGACAUGUCAAUCUAUGUAUUUAGGACUUUUUUUUUUUGUUUCUUUAAAGUUGUUGUCACAGGAAAUCUGGGAAGAUAGCUAAUUUUUGCCCCUUGUAUCUGUCCUAAUGCGGGGAGACUUGGCGGGUUUGUUGUGGGUAUCUCGUUGGUGUUACAUCUUGUACUCGAUACGGUCUUGUGUAUGGAUUUCUGAGUGGGGUCAUGUUUCGGCUUAUACAGGAAGUUUUCAUGA